UCCUCACGCCAUUGCACGUCCCGCUGUAGGACUACAUCGCGGUGAAGGAGAAGUAUGCCAAGUACCUGCCCCACAGCGCCGGGCGGUACGCGGCCAAGCGCUUCCGCAAGGCCCAGUGCCCCAUUGUGGAGCGGCUCACCAACUCCAUGAUGAUGCACGGGCGCAACAAUGGCAAGAAGCUGAUGACCGUGCGCAUCGUCAAGCACGCCUUCGAGAUCAUCCACCUGCUCACUGGCGAGAACCCUCUGCAGGUCUUGGUGAACGCCAUCAUCAAUAGUGGCCCCAGGGAGGACUCGACCCGUAUUGGCCGUGCUGGUACUGUCAGGAGACAGGCCGUGGAUGUGUCCCCCCUGCGCCGGGUCAACCAGGCCAUCUGGCUGCUGUGCACUGGGGCUCGUGAAGCCGCCUUCCGCAACAUCAAGACCAUUGCUGAGUGCCUGGCUGAUGAGCUCAUCAAUGCUGCCAAGGGCUCCUCUAACUCCUAUGCCAUCAAGAAGAAGGAUGAGUUGGAACGUGUGGCCAAGUCCAACCGUUAGAGAUGCUGCAGUCACUUCAAUAAAGUUUGUUCCAUUUACAA